AAUUUGUUUUGUAUUUAAUCAACUUUGAUUUACAACAAAACAUAAUAUUGUCAGUUUUUUCUCAAUCUCGACACAAUAUUUUAAAAUCAUUAUUCAUUUCUUAAAUACUUUACAGAUAUUGAAAAUAUUAACAAUUUGAUUUCUAUACUUAACAGUUCCAACAAUGGAAAAGGAUUCCACCGUUUCUAUUUCGAAGGGAUGUUUUGUCUUCAAAAAAUCGAAAAGCCAAAAGACAAGUCAAAGAAAAUCGAAAGGAAAAAAACAAAUUAUUAAAAAAAUUGAACAAUCUGAAAACGAGCUUUGGCAUAGUACAUUUCUAGAUGUUUGGACUACGGUGAAGUGUAAACUCGAUGAAUUAAAUGAUUCGAUAUAUUCAAAAUUUAUUUCCGAAACUGUCGAUUAUUUAACAACUGCAAAUAUUGAUGCCUCCAAGGAUGUCAUUCCUACUGCUUGUUUAAUUACAGGUGUAAAUUUGCCUGAUCAUGAAUCACUUUUUGGUUUGUUAACCAAUAAUUUGGAAAAAUGCGAAAUGCCUGUUGUUGCAGCAACCUUAUUUUCCGAACAUUUUACAAGUGUUAAAAACAUUGUUACAAGCAUGGUAUCACAACUAUUAAAUACACAUCACGACGAAUCCAAAGUACGCGAUUCAGAUGAUAGUGAUGAUGAAAAUAUUCCCGUUGUAAAACGAUCCGAGUGUUCAAUGUCGACCUUGCUUGACUGGUACAAGCAGCAGAUGCCUGGUACACGUAUAGCGAUUUUGGUGAAAGAUUUUGAAUUGUGCCAAAUGUCCGUUCUGCAAAAUUUCAUUUUACUACUGAGCUGCUAUUUAGAAAAACUGCCGUUUGUUUUGGCAAUUGGUAUUGCUACGUCAAUAUCUAACCUACACAAUGCUUUACCACAUCACGUUGUCACUAAACUUAAAGUGAAAAUGUUUGUGAGCGAAGCGUCUGUUGUUUUUUUGAACAAUAUCAUGGAUCAGGUAUUCUUAAAGCCGGAUUGCUCGUUUUUUUUAGGCGGUCGAAUAUUGGAAUAUGUGACUGAAGUUUUUCUGUACUAUAAUUUUUCUAUCAAGCAGUUUGUUGAAAGUCUAAAAUAUUGUCUGAUGGAACAUUUAUAUAAAAAACCACUUAGUUGCAUAUGUGUCGCCCAUAAAUCAGCUCAAGAGUCUUUGCUUGACAAAUUGGAUGAAGAUUAUUUCCAAGAAGCUGCAAAGCUACGAUCAACUAAUUAUAAAUUAAAAGUCAACGAUGAUUUCAAAGAAAAUUUCUUGCAACUAAUUAAAGAAUUAAAAUGUUGUAUCGCAGAUUUUCACAUAGGCCUGAGAAUCCUUCAAGUGUUAGUGUCUGAUUUACCUCAAGCACCUUUAGGGACUCAACUCAGAGAAAUGUACUGCACUGCGAUGAAAAAACAUAUCAUUGAUGAUCCGUCAUUCAAAACAUGCUUACAGUUAUUGAAAUUUUUGUCAAAAGAUGAUCUCCUAUCUAAAUUUAAUCGAGUGGUUCAGAUAUUAAAAGAAUAUCCUAACAACGAACAGGCAAAAAGUGCACUAAAAUUAGUUCAUAGUUUUAUAAAAUGUGUUCAAGAUUCUCAGUUGAAUAGUGUGGGGAGUCACGAAGAAAAGCCUAAUGAUAUAAAACCCAAAGAAAAUCUCGAGGUCGCUUCCAGAUCUCAAUUCAAAAGGAAACUUAUUGAUAACUUGAAACAUGAAGAUACAAAGCCCAUGACGGAGUUUGAAAAAGCCCGAAUGGAAGUGUUGGACCAUAUGACCCUUACGGUAUUACGUCAGUUCCUUGUACCUCCGACCACAAUGCCCUUACAUGAACUUAUGAUAUUUGACGAUUUGCUGUCAGUUAAACGCAAAAUUGUUGGCGAAGAUCGGGCAGCUCAGUACACGGCUCUUGUUAAUCCACAACAUUAUAUUGACUGCGAUUGCUGCGAGUUGGAGUUUACGGAUCAAGUAUUAAAAACCAUGCCCGAUGUAUGCAUAGUUUAUAAAUUGCAUUUAGAGUCUCGAUUUGAUCAAAUAAAUAUGUAUGACUGGCUUCAAAAAUUUGUUUCAGUUAUUUGUCCAAAUCAGAAUGAUGAUGAAAAAGACGAUAAUGAUGUUGAUCCAGCUUUGCAAGCUCGUUUUGUCAAGGCUGUCAAUGAACUACAGUAUUUGGGCUACAUACGACCAUCCAAGUACAAGGCCGAUCAUGUGCAACGUCUCACGUGCGGAUCUUGUUGAUGAUAGUUGAUAACCAUGUUGUUUUGUAAAUUAAUUUAUUUUAUUAUUUUUAAUGUAUUACAUUUUUUUUUUAAUAUACCAAAUA